AAGCACUGAAACAAAAAAUGUCAAAAUUAGUACCACGCAACCAGCAAAUCGGAUAUCGUUAAAGUGUUAGAAAUUGUCAUGGAACGGAUUAAGUCCGACGUUGAGCAGUUUCGCAAUACGACUAAAGAAAAAAGCUAAGCAACAAUCUAUCGACGCAACGGUGUACACACUUAUGAUAAAAAAUGGAAGACCUACUAAAAGAAGAAAUUCACUCUUAUUAAUAUUCGCCCCAAACAUUACCGAGUUCUUCGUUGUAGAGUAUAAUGAGCCCUUUGCAUAUUAAAGCAACCUGCACAGCGUCAGUUCGAAUCGAGUCGCAGGACCGAGUAGUCUAAUUUUACCAAAUACGAGGAGCAAUGUCAACCGUAACCAAGGAUCAGCACCAAAGCUGCACAUUCCUCUCGAUUUCGUCGUCGCAUCUGACCUUUAUGCGGCUGUCUUCGUUUCUGCCCCUGAAGGGCAAGAGCUUUUUUCAUCCGUUAAGCCUACUGCUCCAGCUCUGGGACCACCUCAAUGUCAUCUGGUACAACGUGAUGUGGCAGGGAUACGGGAUUCGCAUGAUACAACGUGGUGACGUGGAGGGCGACUUUAUAUGUGAGGACAUAAUCACUGUUGGUUUCACGAUACGGUACACCAUACAGUUUCAACUCUACAGCCGGGCAACAACCCUUUAGGAUUGUGCAUAAAUGAUGAACAAGGUAUUAUUUUGAGACAUACUAUUAUAAUAUUCUGCAACAUAGUAGAGCUGCAGACACAAGACAAUGAAUUUUUAAAUAACCUCGUCUGGAGCGCGGAAGAACGAAAGGCUUAGCUGAAAAUUAAUUUUUAAGCAGUAGCUUAUGUCUCGCUUAUGUGGAAGCUUAAAAUAAAAAGCUUAUAACCAGUAUCUCUUUUUAUAGAUAAUUCAUAAGCUUCGUUUACAGAAAUAAACUGAAAUAAAUUUGAAAAAAUACAGAAUUCAAAGGCGGUGACGAAUACAUGAAUUUAGUCUAAGGAUGAUACCGCUAACAUUUUAGCAAAGUGAAACUACAAAACUUCACCUUGCUGGCAUUGUAACGGACAAGUCUACGUUGCCGAUUACCAAGAAAAGUAGACUAACCGUAGGUGAAACGUAAGUCGCAGUUAUAGAUGAAGAAAAGCCAACCGUUUGUUGUCUGGAUUAUGAACAUUAUAUACCUAAUUAACGAUAAAAGAUACUUGCCAUGGUUGACCAAACUAAAUUCAGCGUCAAGAACAUGAUCAAUUUCUUACUGCUUCUGAUCAAAAUAUGAAACUAUUUUAAGUACCUAGUCUAUCUGAAGCCUGGAGCGAUAUGACUGAUAAAAUUGAAAUUCGGUUCCAAGCCUAGAGACUUUAAGUAAUACCAUUUUACCUUAUUA